AUGAGAUCGAACAAGCGGAGACUAUCAGAGGACCCCCCCCCCUCCCCCCCCGCCCCCCUUUCUCUCCCCCACCCCCCGUCAUCUCCAACCUUUACCCGUUCCCCCAUUCCCCCCCCAUUCACACCUUCCCCCCAUACCCCAUCCGCCCAUCCCCUCGUCCCCCCAUCCCCCUCCCCCCUUCCCCCCCUUCCCCUCUUCCCCCCCCCCUCCUCCUCCCCCCACCUUCUCCUCUUCCACCGUAAUUUGAUGGAGAAUCUAGGGCAUGCGAAGAUGCAUGGACAUGCGGCGGUGCAUGGGCAGGGGGGGGCGCAUGGGCAGGCGGGGAUGCGUUGGUUGGGGGGGACGCAUGGGCUUGCGGUGAUACAUGGGCAGGCGGAGGUGCAUGGGCAGGCGGAGGUGCAUGGGCAGGCGGAGGUGCAUAGGCAGGCGGAGGUGCAUGGGCAUGCGGAGGUUCACGGGCAGGGGGGGGCGCAUGGGCAGGCGGAGUUGGGCAGGCGGCAGUGCAUGGCUGGGGGGGAGAUUGGGAUGGGAAAAGCACCUGGCUCACCUCUGCCGCUCGUUCUCCUCCGCCUCCCACUCACCUCCGCCUCCCACUCACCUCCGCCUCCCACUCACCUCCGCCUCCCACUCAACCUCCGCCUCGCACUCACCUCCGCCUCCCACUCAACCUCCGCCUCGCACUCACCUCCGCCUCCCACUCACCUCCGCCACUCACCUACCUCCGCCUUGCACUUCCCUCCGUCCCCUCAUGGUCCCUCAACAUCCUACUCAGCAACCUGA